CCCCUGGCCAUGGCACCCUUCAAGGAUCAUCGCGAUCUCGGCUGUCCGGGGGGCGCACAGAACGAGGUCAUUGGAGGGCUCCCGUACUUUCUUAUCCUAGUCAUGCCGGGUACGUACCGGUACUGCACGCCGCCGGUCCCCCACCGCCACACGAGACACAGUGCAAGUCGUGGGUCCUACACCCGCCGCGGCAAGGCAGGCGCCAGUGGCAGCCGGGCAGGGCCUCCACUACCUCGCACUCCUCUCGCUGCCAUUUCGGACGGACAGCUGCUGCGGCGAGGGCAGGCACACCGUGCGGACUGGAUUGCUGGCACGCACUGA